AUGCAAGAUAAUGCGCCUGGGCAUUCUGCUAAAGAAACAAUUGAAUACUUUGAGGAGCUUGGUGUUUGUAUAAUGGCGUGGCCUACAUUUUCACCGGAUUUGAAUCCUAUUGAAUCUGUAUGGAAUUGGAUGAAGGAUUGGAUAGAGGAGAAGUAUGGAGAUCAGUAUAUGACGCCUACUAUACUUCGAGGGGUUGUUCGUGAUGCUUGGGAUGCUGUACCGGAGGAUUUCUUGAAUGGGCUGACUGAGAGUAUGCCUGCUCGGUGCUAG